UCUUACUUCACCACCACAACAUCAUCAAGGAAUAGAAUGCUUAUCACAACAAAUAAGUAAGUAAGUCAGUUACAUACAUCAUUCCUUGGUGUACGGCAAUCAUCAUCAGUAUCUCUUACUCUUUCUCUUCUUUUCCCGCCUCAUUUCCAUCUUUUACGCCUUGAAGUCACCGCUUCCGACAUAAGCCUUAUCACUUCAUUCUCUUGGUGGAGGCAAGUCCGAUAAGCAUAUCCAUACUCCAUACAAUCUCACAAGUUUGUUAUCUGGUUCAUUACAUACUGCGUCAAACCUCUAUCCAAACAUCGUCGUCCUCGUCGAGCGAGGUCUCGACCUCAACUUCUCCAGAACCAGAGGGCAUACGCAUUAUACAUCCUCAGGCCUCUUAACAUACCCGAUCCAGGAUACCAUCACUUCUUUUUUUCGUCAUAAAUUCUUUUCCAGUUCUAGGUCCGAACCGACCGAGUAUCGGGCAUUCCACAUCGACUUCGCGAUUUAUUCAACACCCAACUUCGAUGUCCCAUUGGUAUUAGGAUUUCAAGUAUCGGGUUUGUGGUUGACGGUACUUAGAGGCUGCUGGAACUUCCAUUAUUAGCACAUCGAAUUUGACUAUUUGACCUGGGUAACUCAUUUAACUUCUUUCCUUGGCUGAGGCGAAGAUCUAGGUCAUGUCCGGCCACUAUUCUAAGGUGCCGGACUGGCAGGUUCCGCAAGAUUCUGAGAACAAAAUGGAUGGAAUCAGUUAUCCGGUUGCCGGCCAAGUCGGGUUCGACUUUGAUGGCAAUGAGCGGCGAGAGUCAGUGGUCGGCCUUAAUGAUGAUGAUGUGCAAGAUGUCGAAAUGGCAGACUCACCCAUGACAUUAACGCCUAAUGGGCGAACACCUGUGGACCCACACACAUCGAGUUCGAGGGCUUUCGCAAGGCCCAUCACACGAUCUAUGGGCAAAAUUUCCACUAUCGAACCAUUAGAGGCUCUUUCAUACACUACUACUUCACUCAGAGCAAGAUUGCAGACAUCCUCUAAGAAGCAUUUACCGACCUUGAAUAUUUCUAAGCUGGAAGAUUCUAAAGACAUCAAGUAUGUCGUUGGAGAUGAGGCCAUUGUGAGAAGCGAAGAUGGUGACCAAAUCUCGCCAUCAUUGGAGAAACUGCUUAGAGAGCAUCGAGAGAUUGGCCAGCUUGGAAUGUCAGUCCGUCGGUCGGCUCGUAUUGGCGAUCAUCAGGGUCAAGCGAUCGACCUUAACUCAGCCUCCACAGCUCUGGUCAAAUCGCGCUUGAAGAGGGUUGGUGUUAAACGAGCGAGGGCAAACCCUAUUAACCGUUACCCACGACGGUCAUCUCGAUUGUGGAAACCUCUCACGGAGUUUCCGCAGUACGCUCGACUCCCUGCCGAACUCAAGAUGAUGAUAUGGGAGGCUGCUAUCGAACCAAGGCUGUUGUACAUAUGCAAUCGAUCUUCGAUCAUGCACGCUGGAACAGCCUUCGGAGCCCAGAAUAGCCCUCCGAAGUGGUUCAACACUUGCCAAUUGUCUCGUUUUAUCUCGAGACUUCACUACCAGAAGCGAUUUGGUAUCCAGGACCCGCUUGUAGCCAACAUCAAUGUCAAGACAAUCCAGGAUUUUAAUUCCAAUGAUGUUGUGAUUUUCGAGCCCUGCCAUGGAGCUUGCCGCGGAUGUCAUUGUGCUCGACACCAGUACUGUGAAGGCGAUCGUUCCGCAGUUAGAUAUCUGGCUGUCCAAACAGAAUCGCCCCAUUUGCCAGGCGCGACAGAGCCAUGCUGGCAAACAAUCACACGAUCGUGGCCAAACGUCGAAACGCUUUACUUAAUGAGGGUUCCUCUUAAAGGUGUCGACAAGCAAGAGAAGGCGAUGAUCCGUGUCCAAGCUAACGAGCUUGAGGUAGCACUCCUUCGACGAUUUGAGCAGUGGAAGAAAGCUCAAGGAAAGUAUAUGAAGGUCAAUCAGCUCGAGUUUGUUGAGGUAGUUCAGAAGGAGGAUGCGACUACGAAUCCGCAGCAUCAGUAUCGAUCAGUACUUGACCGAUUAACCGGUUUCCCUGAGGACGUUAUCCUCGGAUAACCCUUUAACCUACUCAAUACACCGUUGUGAAUGCCGCACCAUCGGCAUCGCAGGACUAGAACAUUUGCAAAAUUUGCUUCAGAGCACUUUAUAGAUCUUCAUCAGUCGGUUCUUGAAGAUAACCAAGAUACCCAGAGUCUAAAAACGUACACAGUUCCAGACUAUACUUGGGUACUGAUCACCCAAAUAUGGAAAUUGGUCCGCCAUACCAAUAUCUCAUCCCAAUCUUCUCCCGCCCCCAUCUCUAGCCUUUGACCAGAUUUU